ACUCGAGGGGUGCGAGAAGAGCGAUCAAUGGUUGAUGUCUCGGAAUGAUACAUCAUACAGUUCUCCCCUGACAGAUGCUCUCUGCAGCAUGACCGCCUGACCAUCGCCCUCGUUAUCCCUUCUUUCUUCCUGUCUUUAAGUCCUUACUGUGACUGCUUUCAACCGCCUGAUUGACCCGUUUAUUUCUUCAUUGCAUUCGUUAUCUCUUUGUCCCGAGUCCACCAUGCUUCAAACCACCAACUGAACGUGGGAGGACGAUCAGCGUCUUUGUACCCUCUGGAUUAUUUCCCCUCAUUGCCGGAAACCCUAAUCUGAUUGCCAUCUCUUUUAUUGAGUUCCUAUCGUUGCUCACUCACUAUCAACCUAUUUAUAUUUUCUUUAUUCUUAUUCUUAAUCAAAGAGCCUCUGCUAUUCGUCUGAUUUAAUUAUCCGCCCUACGGACCUGUCCCACCAACUGGUGGUGCCUAUCAAUUGAUCUGCGACACUACACUAAGUCUCACUGGUGCCAUUUGGCAGCGCAUGUGAAGGUCGGACUAGGAUCAUAGGAUACUUGAGAUUUUCCUGAUUCUUUUCGUCGCACCUGACGAACACCUAAUCUGUCGGCCUAAAGAUCAUCUCAACGGAAAAGCUGGUCAUGGUGACCGUCACAUGCCACGGUCAACUACCGGGCGCCUAUUCAUAUUCCGGAGGGAAUCAAAAUAGCACCCAUAGCCGCCCACUCGAUCCAGUCUUACCGGCCCUUGCAGCGGAUCCACUCCAGGCCAACCCAGAUAUAAAACGAGAUCCCUCAACUCCUCACGUCUCGCACAUCUCACCGCUCAACAUCGGUUCUCCCGUCCCACCUGGCGUGCACGGGGACGCAAAGACUUCCAGCCGCGCUGAGGUUACCGAAAUCACCGUGGCUACGACAACACCAUGCAAACCCAUCGGGCUGGACCUGAUUCCCGAUGAACCCUGGGACGAGAUGGUGGAAUGCGUGGAGCACCCGAUGCAGAAUCAGGGCUCGACAUGCAUGACAACCACGCCGCCGCUAUCUCCACGCAUCCCAAAGCGAAAGCGUACCGUUUCUCCGUCAUCGUUCUCCUCGAAACCCCCUGCAGAUCACCGCCGCUCGGCAUCGUGCAACACUCGCCGCUCCGCCCCGAGCAGCCGACGAAGCUCCCUCCACUCCCACAGUCGCAUCCCAACCGGCACCUCCCUCACCCCUGGGUCUACGGCACCGACCUUCCCCGAAUUCCAGCGCCAGAGUCUCCUCGCUCUCCACCGAGAAUCCUGCCGGCUAUUCCACAACCCUGAGCCCCAAUCACAACAACCACAACUACUGGUAGCCCUCCCGUCAAAACCGCUCUCCCCACCACCCUCCACCCCACAGUCCCCCACCCGCCUCUCCUCCGAGACCCCCGCACCAGCCGUCCACCCCGGACGCUUCUCACACGAACCGACCCCAUCCCGCCCGGCAGCAUCACGCGCCGGACCGCCCAUUCGCGCAUACUCCAUGCCCGCCCGCCCGCACCACCUCGACGGCGUCGAGAAGAACCCCUCAACGACCGUAAUCGACUGGACGACCCCAUCGACACGGCGGCGCGAGUACGAGAAGAUCGACCGAGCCAGCAGUGGCGUGCGCGGCCUGUGGCGCCGUGUUGCCCCCCGUUGGUGUCGCUCCAACGAAGCCCGCACGCCAUUCUUCGAGGUCAAAGACGGCAAGGCGAACUACGAGGGGAGUGUUCGGCGGUUCCGAAUGGAUAUUCCGGAGGAAGGGGGUCCGGGGCGGAAGAUGGGGGGGAAGAUUAAGAGGCGGUUGGGGGUGCGGAGGUAGUCACCUUUUGUUAUUUCUGUCGUUUGGAAGAUGCCCUGAGCUGUGCUUGA